AUCGCCACACCUCGCCAGACAUUGCUACUUCCCCAGUAUAACCGUGUGAAGGGACGCCAGAGCGUAUGAUCCCUGGCCCUGUCAUCCCAGGCCACAAUUGACCCAGGUAUCAAGUAUAUUCACCGGGUUAACAUCGCAAAUCAUGGUUCACGCCCACAAUCACAACCAUGGGCGCAGCCUGGAGGGACGAAGCCCCGACAAUGGGCAAGAGGUCACUAUAGUUUAUGUGACCGCCCCCGCAGAUUUCGAUGGUCCCGUAGGUGGCUAUGUGACAGGUGAAAACCCGAAGACGAAGACCGCAGCUCCCACAGCCGGCGUCGGUCCCGCCGUUCAGCACAGCCGAACUUCUGCGAAGGAGGAGCCAAGUACGGCUGAGGAACCAGCAACGAAAACUAAAGCAGAGGAGACAAAACCAACGGCCACUAAGAUCGAGACGACUCAGACAGCCAAGGUACAAUUGACUGAGACGGAACAAACUACCAAGGCAGUUGAACCAGAAACAUCCACUAUUGAUCAAAAGAAUACUCCUACCAUGAUGACGACUUUCUCAACGGCUACCUCGUCCACUUCCUCCUUAUCUAAUACUGGAUUAGAAGAGGCCGCUGCCACGCACUCGUCCUCGGAUAAUUCGGCAUCUUCAGCAACCGCUCUUCCCGGAGCUUCUGGGUCUGACGGUCUCACAGGUGGUGCAAAAGCGGGUAUUGCUAUAGGUGUAAUUCUUGGAGUAGGCUUGAUCGCGGCCCUUAUUUUCUUGUUUAUGCGCAAGAAGAAGCAGGGCCAGAAGCUUGGCGACAUGGAGACAGAAAAUGAAAAAGCAUUUGGCGCCAGCAGUGUAGCACCUCCACCGCCCCCGCCAAAGUUUGAACCAGCAACGCCAACCAACCCACCUCAGCUCAACGUCAGACCGGUGACUCAAUUUGCGCCCGAUCUCACACCUAGUGCUACGAACGCCCUCUCUGCGGCUGGUGCAGGUGCAGCUCUUGGAACGACCGCCGCUGCAUCGCGCAACCUCACUGGAAAUCCCUCGCCGCCUCCCACUCCGCAAUCGAAUGCAAGCAGCUCGAAUCCUUUUACAGAUCCCGAGAAUCCCUUCAGCAAUCAGGCGGAGGCCCCGUCACCUGGCAAUGGGGUCAGACCAGUUACUCCUCCAAUUGCCCCUGGCCACAAUGGGGCCAUUGCUCGCUCAAGUGCAGUUCCUGCUGAACCCGCUGAUCACACCGUCGCUAUCGGUGCGGCGGUAUCUACAGCGGCUGUGGCUGUGGCAGUUUCCUCAACUUCCAACCCGACGGAGAAUGGCCUUCCUACUCUACAUGAGAACUCGGAGCCGCAGACCAAUUCUCAACCCGAGCAUCCAAAAACGAACGCUGUCAAUUGCCCACCAGCCAAUGAAACACCCGACAUUAGUCCUGCCGUUGCUGCGGUUCCAGCUUUUGGGCCUUCUGAACAUGGCCCGGCUCCGGCCCCGGCUCCGACAAAUGUGCAUCGUGUACAAAUGGAAUUCAAGCCUUCCAUGGACGACGAACUGGAGCUCCAUGUUGGCCAGCUUGUUCGGCUUCUUCAUGAAUACGAUGAUGGGUGGGCACUCUGCACCAGAAUGGAUCAGUCCCAGCAAGGAGUGGUUCCUCGAUCAUGUCUCUCUUCUCGUCCUGUGAUGCCUCGACCACGUCCACCUCCCGGAGCUGGCCCCGGCCCACGUGGCCCCCCAAUGAUGGGACCUAAUGGACCGGUUCCUCCUGGUUCCCCUCGUUUCUAUCCCCAAGGUGGACGUCCAAUGUCACCAGCGGCGCGUCCCAUGUCUCCAGCACGCCCAAUGUCUCCGGCUCAUCCUGGAUAUGCUGGGCCCCCGCCUCCACGUCCCUAUCAACAGCGUCCGAUGUCCCCUGCUCAGUUCCCCCCUGUUCCUCGAUCGUAUUCCCCUGGACCAGGUCCUCGGCCAAUGCCGCCUCGAUCGAUGAGUCCGGGUCCUUAUGGCCCUCCGGGCCUGCAGCGGCCGGAUAUGCUAGUCAGCCAGCGGCAACGUAGCAACAGUGCUGGCGGAGCGAUUGGCCCAGUCCCACGCACGGCAGGGUCACCAGGACCAAGCCCCUUGGCGGCUCCCAAAACUCCACCUCCGUCAGGUGCAUUGCCGGCAAUCCCUACUCCGACCCCAGUCGAGGCUCCAGCUCCAGGCAGUAACGUGCCAGGCCAGUGAGAUGUUAACGUCCGUCAAAUGAAUGCCCAUCGGUUGGAAUUAAGGCUUCGGCUGGCUUUGCCGUUAAUAGAUAUGGCUCUGCUUUGAUAUCACGCGCUCCCGCAACGAAAGUAAUAACACAAAGUCUUCAAUGUCUCACAUCUCCCAGAUCGACUCCCCCAGUUUGGUUCUUUUUGCGUUUCUUUCCUGCUCUAUGCCUUCCUUCAUAUUCUGUACGACCCUUUCCGUCUCACUAGCAGACCACUUUUAUGAAGCUUUACCUACGUCUCCUUCACUACCAAGUGAAUCUGCACAUAUCAACUCUGACGGAAUAUACCCAAUGUUGUAAGAUUUUACUGUUGAAUCACGAAACCCACAUAUUUUGGAUUACCUUAAGUCAUUAGCCCCUUUUUUUCUUUCACAAUAUAUUCUUC